AUGUCUUCUUCACAAAACAUUCAGAGAGGAUCUAACAAAUCUGAUCAACGUGUGAAAAUUGAUGAAAGAUCGCCAUUAAUUCCAGAAACUAACGUUGGCCUCGGCAUCCGACUGAAUGAUAUAAUUGAAAUAAAAACUUUUAACGCUCGUGAAGCAAUUUAUCUUCUCAAAAAGGCAUUUCCUGCUCUUUUUGCGUUUUUGUUUCUACAAGCUUUACAAGUUACCAAUGUAUUUUUUGUGGGACAUCUGGGGCAGGCGGAAUUAGCUGGCCUCGCUUUAGGAACUAUGUAUGCUGCGGUUACUUGUUGGUCAAUAGGAUUUGGCGCAACUUCGGCGUUGGAUACACUUUGUCCACAGGGUUAUACGUCAGGAAACCCGAAAAUGGCUGGUAUUUACACGCAACGAGCAAUUAUAAUUAUGAUGCUUGGAUUCAUACCUAUAGGAAUUAUUUGGUUGGUAUCUGAAAAUAUUUUGAUUGGUUUGGGACAAGAUGCUGAAUUAUCGCAUUAUGCUGCGUUAUAUCUACGUUAUUUACUUUUGGGAGCACCACCGGCCCUUAUUUUUUGGUGCUUAGAAAAGUUUUUGCAAGGUCAAGGUAUCAUGAAAGCAACAACCUAUGUUCUUAUAAUAUGUUGUCCAAUAAAUAUUUUCCUCAACUAUAUUUUUAUUUGGGAGCCAUUUUCACUUGGUUUCAUUGGCGCGCCAAUUGCUACUACAUUAACCAAUUGGUUAAUGUUAUUUCUCACUUUCCUUUAUAUAAAACACAUUGAUGGAUAUGAUGCUUGGGUAGGAUGGACACAUUUAAGCUUCAAAGAUUGGUCAUCAUUCAUGAAACUUGCAUUACCAGGGAUGUUAACAUCAUGCGCUGAUUGGUGGAUUUAUGAACUUAUUGCAUUAUUCGCAGGUUAUUUUGGAAGUGUAUCUUUAGCAAGUCAUCGAUUAAUUCUUACAAUUGCGCUGAUAUUAUAUCAGAUACCACAUAGUUUAGCUGUAGCAGCUUCAAACAGAGUUGGUAAUUUACUGGGUGCCGGUCUACCAAAUAGAGCGAUAAUAGCUACAAAUACAUCACUAUUACUUGCUGUCAUAGGUGCUGCAUGCAAUGCAAUGGUAUUACUUUACUUUAGGGAGUCUUUAGGAUAUUUCUUUACUCAUGACGAAGAUGUUGUAAAAAUGGUAGCAUCAAUUUUACCAUUAGCUGCUAUAUUUCAGCUUUCUGAUAGUGUUGGUAACAUAGGUAGUGGCGUUCUUCGCGGGCAAGGUCGAUUAAAAACGGUUGCCGCAAUAUUUCUUCCAGCCUUUUAUUUAAUUGGUUUACCUUUAGGUCUUAUGUUUGCAUUUGAAUUUAAUAUGGGUUUAAAAGGACUUUGGUCAGGCGUUACUUGUGCUUCUAUAAGUAUGGCCAUCGGAAUAUUUUUAGCUGUAUCGAUGACUGAUUGGAGUUGGGAAGUUGAAGAAUGUCAUCGAAGAGUUAAAAAUGAAUUAAUUGAUGAUAUUGAUGAUGAUUUAUAA